AUGCUUGCUGCAACUAAACCUAAAAUUCAUAUUGUUUCUAUGAGUAGAAGAAAUGUAGAUGAAUAGAGGAUAAAAGAUUAGUUCACUUCAUAGUUUAAAAAUGUCACCUAUUAUUAGGGAGAUUGCUUAAAGCCUGAAACCUAUCCAAAAGAUUUAGAGGAAUUCGAUGCUAUAAUUCAUUCAGUCGGUGCUAUAAUGGAGGGAUUCGAUUAUAAAGAAGUUCUUUAGAAAGGUAUGAAUUCAAAGAUUUUCUAAAAAAGAGAUCCAAUAAAUAUUAUUCAAUAAUUAUUGGCUCAAGGAAUGAAGCCUAAGUAUGAUGAAAGUCUUGAAGCUAUGAAUAGAGAUUCAUGCAAGCUAAUGGCUGAACAUUUCAAUAACGCCUGCAAAAAGUAAGACAAAAAGGGUCAUUUUGUAUUUAUAUCUGCAUCGAAAUCAAUUACUCCCGUACUCCAGAAAUAUUCUGACAUGAAGGAAUAAGCUGAAUCGUUUUUAUUGAAUAAUUGCCCUGAAAUUAUACCAGUUAUAUUGAGACCAGGUUUUGUAUGGUCUGAAAAUGAAAGAUCUUGGAGUGUCCCAGUCAAAGUAGCAAAUGACUUUGGUUAUGAAUUAAAAAAGAAGGUGCUGCCUUUGAUACCUGAAUCAAGGUUAAUCGACCAUUUAUUCCCCUAAUCUUAAAGCACUAAAUUGAGUUUAUUAGCUGAUUUUGCGAUUCAAGGUGCUCUUGGAUAAUUAGAUGACUUAAAUAAAAGCCACAUUUGGACCAAUGAAAAAAUGAAUGAAAUGGCUAAAUGA